GACGAUGACCGUCGCGACGACGAUUCAUGCUUCAUUCGGGGUUAUGUGGCAUGCAUAAGCCGUCCCUAUGCAUUCAGCUCCAAUGAUCUUCACCACGAGCAGCUAUUAAACGAACCUGAACGACGCUUGAUGAAUAUUCCCGAACAAUUUGAGAUGUAUUCCCCGCCAGACCGCAUUCAAAUGGCGUCGCCCUCCAGAGACCGCCCGCUCGGGCCAGACCACAUCGGUCGCAAUGCCGUCCGGACGAGUAAUUGAUUAGCCUCGAAUGGAUGCCGGCAUCAACGCUUGCGUAGCUACGAUGUUCUUGCCACGAGAAGUACAAGUAUUAGUAGACCUGCCCGGCUCGUCGUCGAGACAUCGGGGCAAUUGCAACACUUCAUCACACACGAGCAUUUCUAUUGUUAUCGUGCUGGAUACCAUUGGCAAAGCUUGUUGCUUUAAUCAUAUUCCUUACCGUUUUCACCGAUCAUGGCUUCUUUACUCGCCCUGCCAUUGGUGGCCAUCACCGGCGCGCUUGCCUUUUCGUAUCCUCAGAUCCCAGCUGAUCGCACAACUCCAUUUCAGCAGCGCAUCGCUGUGAAGGGGGCGAACUCCAUUUCUGUGGGCUGGAACACCUUCCAGAAAUUAGACCAACCCUGCGUGCAGUUUGGCAUUUCCAGCAGCUCUCUCACUGCUCAGUCGUGCUCUACCGACUCAUACACAUAUGCUUCGUCUCGAACAUGGUCGAACGCGGUCACACUUUCCGGCCUUCAGCCUGCAACGACAUACUUUUACAAGAUUGUGUCGACCAAUUCCACUGUGCAGUCGUUUUUCAGCCCUCGUGCCGCCGGAGAUGAUACCCCUUUCAACAUGGACGUUGUGGUUGAUCUUGGUGUGUAUGGGCCAGAUGGCUUCACCACUACCAAGCGAGACACCAUUCCUCAAAUUGAGCCGGCGCUCGAACACUCCACCAUCGGCUCCCUGGCUCGUACCUACAAGGACUAUGAGCUUGUCAUCCACCCAGGAGACUUCGCAUACGCUGAUGACUGGUUCUUGAAGCCGCAGAACCUCCUGGACGGCAAGGAUGCAUACUCAGCUAUCCUCGAGACCUUCUACAAUCAGCUCGCGCCGAUUUCUGCUCUCAAGCCGUACAUGGCUGGUCCUGGCAACCACGAGGCUGCCUGCGAGGAGAUCAACUACACCAGCGGUUUGUGCCCGCAAGGCCAGAAAAAUUUCACCGACUUCCGCAACCGUUUCAACCAGACCUUGGGUACUGCCUUCCUCUCGUCUAGCAAUGACAGCUCAGCGCAACACUCCGCAGUGAUCGCCAAGGCUCUCGCCAACCCGCCGUUCUGGUACAGCUUUGAGUACGGCCAAGCACACGUUGUUAUGUUCAACACCGAGACCGACUUCCCUAAGGCUCCAGAUGGCAAAGACGGUAGUGCCAACCUGAAUGCUGGGCCAUUCGGCGCGACCGGCCAGCAGCUCGCUUUCCUCGAAGCUGACCUGUCCAGCGUCGACCGUACUGUCACACCCUGGCUCAUCGUCGCUGCUCACCGUCCCUGGUACUCAACCGGCGGUAAGGGCAACGUCUGCGCACCCUGCCAGGCAGCCUUCGAGCCGCUCUUCUAUAAAUACGGUGUGGAUCUCGCGCUCUUCGGACACGUGCACAACUCUCAGCGAUUCAGCCCGAUCUACAACGGCACUGUCGACCCUGCCGGACUCAACAACCCCAAGGCGCCCAUGUACGUGGUCGCGGGCGGUGCUGGCAACAUCGAGGGCCUCUCCGAAGCUGGCGCGAACGCUACAGGAAACGUCUUCACUUAUGACGGCGACUUCUCAUAUGCGCGCGUCAAGGUCAUGGAUGCGAAUAAUCUCGGUGUAGAGUUCUACAACUCUCGCAAUGACACCCUGCUCGACUCGAGUGUCUUGUACAAGGCUCACGCCGAACAAUUCGUUGUCCAGUAGCUACUCGAUAGAUCAAGCUGAAGUAUCCCAAAUCACCUCACACGAUCCCAUUGAAUGUAAUGUUGUAUCGUCAACUGAAAAAGUAAAAAAGUCUCGGGUCGCUUAAAUGCCAAUGCUUCAGUGCCACGUCCGC